UGUUUUGUUAAAAAGUCAGUACUUUUUGGUCAAGAAAACCAUAUUCAUUUUUUUCAUUUAAAGGCCACCUUAAUGUUUAGCAGCAUUACCCAAAUACUUAAAUGCUAACUUUUAGCCGCUGUUACUCAUUACUUGGCCAUCUUAAUGCUUAGCAGCAUUACCCAAAUACUUAAAUGAAAGGUGGCAUUUUGGACAUGACAACUUUGCAUAUAUUUCAUAAGAGCAUUUGGUACGAAACUCCAUUAUUACAUCAGUCUUAAAAUAUAUUUCUAGACAUACACAUUUUGUUGGGAAAAUAUAAAAGAUGUCUCUCUUUCCCGCUUACUCUGAAGAAAAUGCAAUAAUACCUGAAACCAACACAGAUCAACCCGCAACAUCUGGAUGGCUAGAGAACACGAGUUUUCCGCUCGAUGUCAUUAAAUUCACAGCACCUCAAGGUACACCAAAUAAUGUAAUAGACGAUUACAGUACAUCAAACAGUGAUUCCUCGGUACUCUCCCACUCUGAUAGUGGAGAUAGCAAUGGCGAGCGUGAACAUAAAAAAAGAAAAAAGGACAAGAAAGCCAAAUCGAAGAAGAAAGCAAAACACAAAACGAGUUCCAGACCGGCAUCACCUGUGCCUACAUUCGAACCACUAUUAGAUUUUACAGGCAAAGAAGAAUUUUAUGUGGACAAAAAUAAAGCAAAACAAUACAACUCGAUAAAAACUUUACACAAACCAGCUUGCCCGAGAUAUCGUGUAAACCAUUACACAUUGGGGCGUGCCUAUGGCCCUGUUGGAAAAGUCAAGUCAAAACGUUAUUACCACUGCACAAAAUAUUUAGACAAUGUGGAGAAAAACGAUAAUGACAACUAUCCACUUACAGAAAAUGAGUACACAUCAAAAAUGAGCGACCUCAAUAGGAAAACAAUGGAAAAUUGUAGGGAAAUUCAAAAUUGGCUAGACCUGAUUGCACUACAAGAUCGUAAUCCCUACAAGUGGUCACGUCUGAGAAUUGCCGAAAAGAAAAUAGACUACAUCGAGAAGGCUUUGAAUUUCCAUCCAUUCCAUAAAGAUUUAUACUCGGUAUACAUUGAGACCAUUACACAGUGCUAUACUUCUCACGACGUUAGUAAAAUGCUAGAUUCUUUGCUGGCCAAGGAUCCGCAUAGUUUAAUUUUAUGGCAAGCUCAAAUUAUGUGUACCCAAGGAACAAUGGCCAGGUGUACGGUGCCCGAUGUAUUAAGAAUCUAUGAACGUUGCUUGAAAAAGAUGUUUCACAGUCCCAAAUCUCAACAAAUUACGGCCAGUGAUCAGGUGAUGAUGCAGCUGUUUUACGCAUGUGCCCUAUUUUUACGUCAAUCCGGCUUGUAUGAACAAUUCCUUUCAUUAAUUAAACUUUCUGUGGAAUUAAAUGUGCCUGCUAAUAGCUGUAUACUGGAAGAUUUGCAGCCCCGCGAGCAGGACGAGCAAACAUGUGUCGAGUACGAAGAAUUGAUUUUACAGUCCGGUCUGCCUAUGAACGAAAUUUGGUUGCGUAUUGAAAAGCUUAGGCAGGGCUUCUUUUUCUUACCAUUUCCCGGUGAGAGUACAAAGUGCAGUGACCCCCAAAGAAUUGUCUUUAACGAAGAUGUUUGUCAUUAUGUAUAUCCUUUACAAUCUACGGACAAUUGUCUUAAAAUGCUACUUUUAAUUGUAAAGCUGUUAAAGGUGCCAUUUAUAGGCAGUCAUUGUUUAGCUAUGCAAUUGGAAGGAGAAACUGACGCUAUUGAAGAUUUGCUAGCUCUCUACAUCAAUCCGAAUUAUAACUUAUCUCUGGAUCAUAAGGAAUUCUUCGAAAGUCUUUACGACCUUUCUAAAGAGAUGGCAUGUAAUCCGAGUUUCUUGAACCACUGUAUCGGCCAUGACAUUUAUUCAGAAUGUUUGCAAAAGUUUCUCAUAAAUUGUGCCAAAGCCUAUGAACAAAUUGACGAUAGAAAACGAUUACUGUUUCUGAUUUUAUGGUCUCGAUUUCAAUGUCUAUUGUUAAAAUUAGCAAAAAUUAGUAAGAAAAUAAGCACUGAUUUUGUUAAAAAUGGAAGAAAACUUUUCAAAUCACUGCUAAAGCUGCCCAAUAAUCGUAAUUGCCUGUCGCUCUAUGUUGAGUUUGCUCGUUAUGAAUAUGCUGCCGACUCUCCGUUGGAAACCGUUGAGAAUAUAUUUAAAAAUCUAAUAUCGGUCUACAACCAAGACGAUAACACAAAUUCCGAAUUGGCUUAUGUAUAUUUAACGUACGGCGAGAUACUUAUCAACUCUAAAAACAUCGAGAGAAUCAGCAGUCUAUUUUCGGCAUAUGUGCUCGCUUGUGAUGUUAGCCAAAUAACAAGUGCUAAAAAGCUGAUUGGCGUUAAUACGUUGAAGGAAAAAUUAGAGAACUUAAUCAAAAUUGAAGAAAAUGUAAAUAUAAUGUUGCUGGAACAAUAUAUACUGCCUGAUAACACGGUAACGCAGGUUAAAAUUUACACGCUUUUGCUUUAUGCACUGCAGCAGAAACAACAAGCAUUGGAAUAUAUUCAAAAACUAUUGGCUAGGUUCAGUAGUGGCGAUAAUCCCAGACAUCAAUAUCUAAGGGAACAAUUUUACGAAAUUCUUGUGAACCUAUUGCAGAUGCCCGGAGGCAAUAGUUAUGUAUCGAACACUUUUAUACAAAAGAGCAUUGAACGGGCUCUCAGCGAGUACCCAAGCAAUCUACUUCUACUACAAAAAUGGGGUUGCCAAACAUCCCUGCCUUGGUUUAAACUACGUCGGGGAUAUCUAGCCAUUGGAACCUCGAUUAAAUCGAUUAUAUUUCUCAUUGCUUUGGCUCGUUGCCGGUUUAUUAAUAGUUUAUCCGAUAUAAAGGGAGGCGAUUCGAGCAAUACGUUAUCGGCAGUAGAUUUGCAUUAUCAGGAAAUGAUAGUUCGCCAACGUAUUUUAAACCUUUUCAAAAUGAUCGUACAUCUUCAGAGCACAAAUACAACACCGUGUUCUGUGCAGUCGUCACUGUUGUCAUUGCGACGGAACUCAUUAUUUUGGCGAUGUUAUUUGAGAUGUUUGUCCGAUCAGAGCUGUUCCUUUGAGUUGAGCAAGCAAUGCUUAUUAACCGCUCUAGAUGAGUGCCCCUGGAGCAAAGCCUUAUAUCUAGACGGUGCAACGUUUGUGCCCCAAGAGCUAUCACACCUGCAAGAUUUAAUCAUUGAGAAACAAUUGCGAAUCUAUGCACUACCAGAAGAAUUAGAAAUCUUAAGAGAACGUUAAGUAUUUUUGUACAAUAUAUUGUGAAUUAAAAAUAAUUUUGUAUAUAAAAAUAAUUUUAAAUAAAAUAUUUUUGAGCAUGUCAAAAAGUUCGAAAAAUUAAC